AUGUACAAACCGAUUGAUCUCGACAAGGUUCGUGAUCCACAAACCCAAGGCGAGUGGCGCAUUUACACGGACAUCAUGAAUCUACUAGAGAGAUGGGGAAUUCCGAUAGUUGGGGUGAGUUUAUCUGAGCUUGAUCUCUACGCAUCUAUGUGUUUCGUCCAAUCCAAAUUCUUGACGCGAAGAAAUUUUCGUGGAUGGAAUUAA